AUGCGUUUCAUUACGACCAGCCUGUUCAUGGUGCUGGCAUCAACCGCCCUCGUCGCAGCGCAGAGCGCCACAAUCACAUCUCCAAGCGGCAAUGAGCAAUGCACCGCUGUGCCGAUUGUCCAGAAAUGCAUCUCAAUAAUGCAAAAGGGCCUUGACAAAUGCACCAAAGAUGACUGGGAUUGCAAAUGUUCAGGCGCAGCCAACAUCUUCGGCUGCUACGCAGACUGCGUCGGCGAAGACCGCGUCUCCGCCGAACUCCUCAGCGAACACGAUUGUCGCACAGCGAACGCAUACGACAAGGGCCGCACCACCGUAAAUGAUGUAUGGACGACACCCAGUCCGGAUGCGGUCGAGGCUACGCCUACAGAAGCCUCUACGACCGCCCAGUCUACGAGCACCAGUGAGCCGACAAAGACCUUGAGUGAAGAGAAGGCGGCGACAUCCAAGGGUGCUGCAGCCGGUAAGCCGGUUGGAACUUGGUUGGCUCUUGUUGGAUUUGGACUUGGGGUUGCUUUUUGA